UAGCCGAACAGUUUAUUCUCGCACGUUUCGUGAGUUUUACUUAAUACGUACAAAUUGUCAACGUGGUCCUUCCAAGAUGUUUCUUUAUAUUUUAAGCUGGAUCUCGAUGAUCUUCCAUGUCCUCUUCUUGACUCUAGCUUUAGCUGCAGCUCUCUUUUACCUGGCUGAACUUGUAGAGGAAUACACAGUCCUAACAGCUAAAGUAAUCAAGGGUAUGCUAGUGGUAACAACAAUAGUUUAUGUUGGACUUCUUGUGUUGGAAAAAUUCCCUAUCACAGUGAUUAUCGGAGGACUCAUCAGCAAUGGACUUUACUUUCUACUUCUCAACGAUUUUCCUUUUAUUGAACUUACAUCUCCUGUGUUUUUAGGAGGAGUAGCAAUGGUAUUUGUUAAUCACUACUUGGCAUUUGACUACUUUUCGUCUGUCUGGUAUCCAUUUUCUGAGAUCCUAGCUUACUUCACAAUCUGUUUAUGGAUUCUGCCAUUUGCUUUUUUUGUAUCAUUAUCUGCAAGUGAAAAUGUGUUACCAACAGCAUCCACAGCUCCCGAAGAUACAAGAGAACCAAGCUAUGCCUAUGCAGGCCAAAGGUCAAGUCGCAGGCAUGGACUCCUAGCAGUUUUUAAUUUCUUGUCCAGGAAAACAGAGGGAUAUUUACCAACUAGAACAAAAACAUAUUAAGCACCUUUUGUAAAAUAUAUAUGCUGUGUCUGAUCCAUGUUCCUAUUUCAGAGGUUAUAUUCAUAUUUUGUUCCAGGCAAGUUGGUCAGUGUGCUAGAAAACGUGCUACUCGUAAUGCAGAAAUGGCAAGAUGUGCUUCACAUGUAGGCAGCUGAGAGUCUGAAGAAGACACCAGCUUAGCCCAAGUGAACAGAUUUUCCUGAAUACCUGAAAUCCCUCCUAAAGGAUUCAAGAGUAUUCAAGCCUGGUUCCUCCUGUUUGUUAUAGUUACCCUUUAUGUCACACUCAUUGUUAUAUUUUCAAUUUAGAUCCAGCAGUGUCACUGAUGAUUCUUAGGCUGUAAGAAUCAUUAUUUUUUGUCACUUAACACUAGGCAGGCUGGUUAGAUUUUCUGUAUUUAAACCUUGUGUGGGAAGUGAUCAUUGCAAAACACAUUUUAACCUUUUUAAAGGGAUUUUUUGCUAAAAAAAAAAAAAACAAAGAUGCUGCCUGUAGGUCUACUGUAUAUUAUAAGAACAUACAAAGUUCACAGAAAAAGAAAUAAUAUAAAUAUUAUGGGUUAUGUGAGGUUUUUCAGUCUACUCUCUUCAGCCCAUGCCUUCACAUCAAUUAUUUCCCAAGCAAAUUUCAAUAAAAAUAAAACAUUUCUAGUACAAGUAUGGUUAGUGUAUAACGUGUUGUGAGUAGUUAUCCUAUUGGCUUACUUGAGAGUACAUUACGGUGCGCAAGACGGUCUGCAUGUUUGCCGGCUAAUUUAAUUUAAGAAGUAGAAAACGUUUUCUGUGUUUCUAUGGAGUUACAAAAACACGAGUGGAGAACGGAAAAUGCUGUGGGAACACCUGUCCAGCUUUAGACAAGUGUUUCCGCAGCUUUUAUCGAUUGCUGCAUGUCAACAUGACCUGAUACAAGCAAUUGAAGAGCCUGAAAGUCCUUGUCAAUAUAAUAACGUGCUCAGCUAUCAGUGAAAAAAA